AAUAAUAAAACGAAGAAGGAAAACCAGAAAAAACGAAUGAUCGCAAUUGACGACUGGCGUUUCACAAUUUCGUUACCAGAUCUUCAUACGUAAAUCUUUAAACCCUCUACACUUUCCCAAUUCCCUGCUCUUCUGAAAUCAAAAUCAAAUUCCCACCCUUAAUAUAUAUAAAUUAUAUUUUUUUCUGUAAUUGUGGGAUUCGAGAAUCCUGAUCAAACAGUAUCGAGUACUGGAAUUCUCAGAUUUUUUUAUUUUCUUUCACACAUCGAUCCAAUAAAACAAAUAGAGAAAGGGUUUCGUGAUUUCAACGAAACCCAGUUUAUUUCCGGGUUGAAUCCGCAUUGGAAAUGGAUCCCCCUCUUUCUCUCUGUUGAAUUGGCUGUUCAACUUCGUGUAGCUCCCUUCCACGAUCUGGUGAUUUUGAACUACUGUAUGCGGUGAAUCGUAGCCGUUGGUCAGAUUUCGAGGUGUUUUCUGCUGAUGCUGUUGUUUGGCGCUAACCCCUUCUCUCGAUUGGUUGGGUAGGAGGGGAGUCGGAGAUCGAUAUGGUGUGGUUCGAAAGGAUUAGAAUGAAAUCGAAGAUAAAAUGGGCGGCGCUAGGUGGACUGGUGCUGUCGUUUGCUUCGAUAAUGGUGCAUUUGUUUCUUGCAAAGUCGAGUGCUAGCCUUGUGCAGUAUGGUGCUAUCACAGCUUUUACCGAGGAUCUGAAUCACAUUGACAACUCAGGCAGAAAGGGUGCUGGAUAUCGGAGGUUAUGGGGAAAGGUGAAUGCAUUGGAACCCUUGCAGCCGUACGCAAACCCGAGAAGUAUACCGUAUCUUGUUCCUAAUGGGAAGAGCAAUGGUUUCGUUUAUGCUAAAAUUCAUGGUGGCUUUGAGAAUAUCAGAACCUCGAUCUGCGAUCUGGUCACAGUGGCAAGGCUUCUGAAUGCUACCCUUGUUAUACCUGAGAUUCAAGAAAGUACUCAAUCAAAAGGCAUCAGUUCCAAGUUCAAGAGUUUUUCAUAUCUUUAUGAUGAAGAUCUAUUCAUAGCGGGCUUAGCUAGUGACGUGAUCGUUGUAAAGAGCCUGCCACCAAACUUAAAAGAAGGCAGGAUAAAGAAACAAUAUCCCAUUUUCAGACCCAAAAGUUCUUCUUCUCCCAAUUUUUAUUUGAAUGACGUUUUACCAAAACUGAAGAGUGCAAAGGUCAUUGGCUUAAUACUUACGGAUGCAGGAUGCUUAGAGUCCAUCCUUCCCGCAAGCUUGGUUGAGUACCAGAGGCUCAGAUGUCGGGUCGCAUUUCACGCAUUGCAUUUCCGUGCAGAAAUUGUUAGAGUUGCACAUCAAAUGGUAGAAAGGUUACGAGGUUCUGGUCAACCAUAUCUUGCUUACCAUCCAGGGUUGAAGAGGGAUACCCUAGCAUAUCAUGGCUGUGCUGAACUCUUUCAGGAUGUACACACGGAACUCAUACAAUACCGUCGAGCACAGAUGAUUAAACGAGGAGUAAUAAAAGAACAACUAAUUGUGGAUUCAUAUACUCGGAAAGCAAAUGGUUCAUGUCCAUUAAUGCCAGAAGAGGUUGGACUUCUCCUUCGAGCCUUGGGUUACCCUCCAAGAACAAGAAUAUAUUUAGCAGGUUCCGAAGCCUUUGGUGGUCAAAGGGUAUUGAUUCCUUUACGAGCCAUGUACGCCAACUUAGUGGAUCGUACUUCUUUGUGCAGUAAACACGAGCUGGCCAAUAUUAUUGGCCCCGAAACCCAAUUUCCUGCAGAUUCUUUCGAGUUCCCGCCGACAAAGAGUGCAAAACAACUAAAAGAAGAAUGGGACAAAGCUGGUCCUCGCCCUAGGCCUCUUCCUCCACCACCUGACCGACCUAUUUAUAGACACGAAAAAGAAGGCUGGUAUGGAUGGAUUGCAGAAAAAGAUUCAGAACCGGACCCUUCGCCGAAUGAUUUUAGAGACAAAGCACACCGUUUGCUUUGGGAUGCUCUUGACUACAUUGUUUCUUUGGAAGCUGAUGCUUUCUUCCCUGGUUUUGACAACGAUCUUAGUGGAUGGCCUGAUUUUUCCAGUUUAGUAAUGGGGCAUCGGUUGUACAAAAUGGCCUCGAGUAGAACAUAUAGACCUAACAGGAAAUAUCUUACUGAACUGUUGAACAGUACCAGUGAACAUCUGUACCAUCCUCCACGAAAUUGGACUCUCAAGGUAAGAGAACACCUCAACAAAAGCAUGUCAGAGGAUGGCAUUCUGCAUGGGUUUCGUCAAUUAAAACCAAAGUCGUUUCUCUCUCAUCCCUUACCUGAAUGUUCGUGCACAACUGUCAAAAGUGCCGAUAUACAAAAGGGCAGUGGACUUCAAAUUAUUUACGGAGAACAAAACGAGUGUCCUCUAGGGUUGGAACUAGGUUUGAAAACGGUUGGAUCACAAGAGAGCAGUGACGAUGACACUGAAACGCAAGAAGAUGAAACUGAAACAGAGUUAUUGGAUUCAGAUGAAAAUAGCCAAGCUGACACAAUACCUUCUUCGGAGCAGGAUGAAGAAAUGGACCCUGAUGAUUAAGAUCAACGGUAUAGAUCUUGUUCUGAGUUCAUAUGCACAUGAUAAGGCUAUGAAAAAUUUCGUCUGUGGACUUAAAAAGUGGUAUUAUGUUGGCUCGCGGAAUAUUGGCUUUAUCAAGGCAGCAGUGCGAAUUUUGUAGUGGAUUGAUUAAAUGGGAUUGCACGAGUUCUUGAAAAUAGUUUUAGGUGAAUGCAAAUGCAUUCGCUUGCCCUCGGCCGUAGGGUAGGGAUAAAGUGUUUUUUUUUUCUUUUCGGUAAAUGAUUAUCACAGCUUUUUUCCGUUUAUUGAGGAUAUAGAAGGAUGAGAGUCGUGAGACCUCAUGCACACACAUUUUUUCCACACAAAACUCAACAGUCAACAUACCGGUAUAAAUUUUCUCUUUGAUUAUAUGUUCAGAUGAGUUGAAUUUGGAAUGCAGGUGUACUUGUUACAGAUUGGUUGAUUUUA